AUGCCUGCCAGCCGAACCCACCAGAAUGGCGCCGCCCAGUUCAAUCAGAAGCUGAAGAACCUCUUCCGCAUCAACCUCAACAGCGGCGCCGACCGAGACCGGGAGAAGUCCUCCGCCGCCCACCUCCAAUCCUCCACAGAUGCAUCUCCCGCCCGCCCAGAGGCCCGGAGCAAGUUCGGCAGCAGCUUCUUCAAAGGCACUGUUGGCCGAUUGAGGACAAACACCACCGCCAGCGAAGGCAAUCCCCUCGACGAGGCUCUCAGUCCGACCGCCCACGCGAACCCGUACUUUGUUCAUCAGGGCCAGCCGGGCCUCCGCCACCACAACAACGAAUCCGUGCCCCCAAGUCCUCCAGAUACCCCCAACUUCAAGAUUCAAGGUCCUGAUGGCGGCCCGGAACAGCAGACCACGAGCGCCGGCAGGGAGGAAUUGGCUCGGAAACUUAGGAGGGUUGCCAGCGCCCCCAAUGCUCAGGGCUUGUUCUCCAAGGGAAAGGGCAGCGCCGAGCGUCCGGCCACCGCCGAGCUGAGCAAGGAUCCGCUGGUGCUCGACAAGGACUCAGGCACCCUCGAGAUGGUUGAUCCGUCCAAGGUUAACGGUUCUGCCGGACAUGGCCUUGGCGUCCCUGACAAGGACGUUCUCGGCAACCUGCCGCCCCCGAAUCGCAACAGCCUCGCCUUCAGGAGGACAUACAGCUCCAACUCGAUCAAGGUUCGCGACGUCGAGGUCGGCCCCCAGAGUUUCGACAAGAUCAAGUUGAUUGGUAAGGGAGACGUUGGCAAGGUCUAUCUGGUCCGCGAGAAGAAGAGCAGCCGGCUCUACGCUAUGAAAGUGUUGAGCAAGAAGGAAAUGAUUAAGCGGAACAAGAUCAAACGUGCACUCGCCGAGCAAGAAAUCCUGGCCACGAGUAACCAUCCGUUCAUCGUUACGCUUUACCACUCGUUCCAGUCUGAGGACUACCUGUACUUGUGCAUGGAAUAUUGCAGUGGUGGAGAGUUCUUCCGGGCGCUGCAGACUCGCCCUGGCAAGUGCAUCCCCGAGGAGGACGCGCGAUUCUACGCCGCCGAGGUCACUGCGGCCUUGGAAUAUCUGCAUCUGAUGGGUUUCAUCUAUCGCGACUUGAAGCCAGAGAACAUCCUGCUCCACCAGUCGGGCCACAUUAUGCUUUCGGACUUUGACUUGUCUAAGCAAUCUGACCUCGGUGGAAAGCCCACCAUGAUUGUCGGCAAGACGGGUACCAGCACCACGUCAUUGCACAUCGACACCCGAUCAUGUAUCGCCAACUUCCGCACCAAUUCAUUCGUCGGCACAGAAGAGUACAUCGCACCGGAGGUCAUUAAGGGUAGCGGCCACACUAGUGCGGUGGACUGGUGGACCCUGGGUAUCUUGAUUUACGAGAUGCUCUACGGCACUACCCCCUUCAAGGGCAAGAACCGGAACGCGACUUUUGCAAACAUCCUGAGAGAAGACAUUCCCUUUCCCGACCAUGCGGGGGCACCGCAAUUAUCCAACCUUUGCAAGUCCCUGAUUCGCAAACUUCUCAUCAAGGACGAGAACCGGAGAUUAGGCGCCAAGGCCGGCGCCUCGGAUAUCAAAGCGCACCCCUUCUUCAAGACGACCCAAUGGGCUUUGAUUCGUCACAUGAAGCCGCCCAUUGUUCCCGUCACAGGGCGCGGCAUCGAUACUGUCAAUUUCCGCAACGUCAAGGAAAGCGAAAGCAUAGAUCUCAGCGGCUCCCACCCAAUGCAAGCCAGCCUGAAGGGGGUUCCCCUGGAUAGCGGCCUGGCGACUCCUGGCGGUGAGGUUGCUGUGGACCCCUUUGAGGAAUUCAACAGCGUUACCUUACACCAUGACGGCGACGACGACCAUCACCACUCGCAGCAGAACGGCCAAUAUCAACACCACUCAUGA